AUGGCGGGCGCACGCUUCUGCGCCAUCGCUGCGGGCGACACGCCGUCGACGGGACGGCUCUACGACAGCAUCGCGUGCCUGUGCGUCCCUGUCAUCCUUGUCGACGAUUUGCAGCUCCCCUUCCCACGCACGCGCCCGCUUCCACCCUCCUCCUACGGCGUGCGCUAUCCAGAGGCGGACUUCCUGGCCGAUCCGCUCGGCGCGGCCCGCCGCAUCCUCGAGGGAGCGGCCGGCCCGCCGGGAGCCCGCAACUGGCGGGGUAUGCAGAGGCUCCUCCUGCCUGCACGGCGUGCGCUCGCCUACCGGCACGCGCACUCCGACGUCGCCACCCUCGUCCUUCGCGAGGCGUGGGCCGGCUGCCUGCAAGAGCGCCGUAGCACCGCGAGGCCGGUUUCGCAGGUGGCCAAGUGCUGA